AUGGAUCCCCAAGGAAAUUCAGUAAAAACUGAGUUAACUGUGUCAGAGAAAGGAAAAAAUGAUAAGGAGUUAUCUUCUCACGCUGAAGAAAAGAGGACUGUAUCUGCUCCUUCCAGAAAUGAAGAUCUUAGUGCAGAAAUUUAUAAUAUUUUUCUGGGUGGAACUCAAGUUCUUCCUUUGAAGAAAAGACUCAUUGUUCUUGAUAUAAAUGGGUUGUUAGCGGCUGUAGUUUCUCCUCCUCCGAAGGAUCGCGAGACAGAUAUAACCAUUGCAAGGAGAGCAAUAUUCAAGAGACCCUCCUAUCUUGAGUUUCUAGAGUUUUGCUUCGAUAAAUUUGAAGUUGGUAUAUGGAAAAAUGUUGAUCGAAUCAUUAACUAUUUGUUGCCAUUCUUGAAAAACAAAUUACUUUUCGGUUGGGAGGACCUUUCUCAUUGCACUGAAACACGCUUCAAGACUCUUGAGAAUAAGAACAAGAGUUUGGUUUUUAAGGAUUUGAGAAAGCUUUGGGAUAAGGAGGAUCCUAAUCUUCCAUGGGAGAAAGGAUAUUACAAUGAAUUUAAUACUUUGCUGUUGGAUGAUUCUCCUUACAAGGCAUUGCUUAAUCCUGUAAAUAAUUUUACUCCCUUUGUUUUCCUUAUUACAGCUUGUCAUUUUGUUGAUGAUGAAUUGACACAACUAAAAAUCAUGACAGCUGAAGGAGGAGAACUGAGAGUAUAUCUAGAUGGCUUGGCAAAUGCAGAAGAUAUGCAUAAGUACGUUGAGGAACACCCAUUUGGCCAAAAAGGCAUUAGUGAAACAAGUGAAUCUUGGAACUUUUAUAGUCUGGUUAUUGAGAGUCUCUCUACAGGAGAAAGCAAUGCUUUGAUUUGA